AUGUCUUUUUCAUGGCUGACUUGUUCACUUCUUCUGGGAACUUUAUGCGCAGGGUACAGUCUCGGGGAAGCGGAGACCCGGGAGUGCGUCUACUACAAUGAUAAUUGGCGUACGGAGAGGACCAACCAGAGUGGCUUCGAGCGCUGCGAAGGGGAGAAGGACAAGAGACUGCACUGUUAUGCCUCCUGGCUCAACUCCUCAGGGACCAUCAAGCUGGUGAAGAAAGGCUGCUGGCUGGAUGACUUCAACUGCUAUGACAGGCAAGAGUGUAUCUCCAUGGAGGAAAACCCUCAGGUGUUUUUCUGCUGCUGUGAGGGAAACUACUGCAAUGAGCGAUUCACUCACCUUCCUGACAUGAUCGGUAAUGGCAACCAAGUGAAAAUCCGGCCUCCACCGCGAGUGCCGUCCCUGCUCAACGUGCUGGUGUACUCGCUGCUGCCGCUCUGCGUCCUGUCCCUGGCCCUGGUCCUGGCGCUGUGGAUGUACCGACACCGCAAACCUCCGUACGGCCACGUGGACCUGAGCGAGGAUCCUGGACCUGUACCUCCCUCCCCUCACGUGGGUCUGAAACCACUUCAACUGCUGGAAAUUAAAGCUAGGGGUCGCUUCGGUUGUGUGUGGAAGGCCCAAUUAAUGAGCGAAUACGUUGCUGUAAAGAUUUUCCCUGUUCAGGAUAAGCAGUCAUGGCAAAAUGAGCGGGACAUAUUCGUGACUCCAGGGAUGAGGCAUGAAAACCUUUUGCGCUACAUCGCCGCAGAGAAACACGGAGCCAACCUGGAGACGGAGCUGUGGCUUAUCACAGAGUUUCAUGAGAGGGGCUCGUUGACAGACCACCUGAAGGGUAACACUGUGACCUGGACUGAGCUGUGUCACAUAGCAGAGACCAUGUCCCGCGGCUUGGCCUACCUCCAUGAGGACAUUCCCAGCUACAAGGGAGAGGGGCCCAAACCCACUAUUGCACACAGGGACUUCAAGAGUAAGAAUGUGAUGAUAAAAGACGAUUUAACUGCAGUCAUUGGAGACUUUGGGCUCGCUGUGCGGUUUGAACCAGGAAAGCCCCCAGGAGACACGCACGGCCAGGUUGGUACGAGACGGUACAUGGCCCCAGAGGUGCUGGAGGGAGCCAUCAACUUCCAGCGAGACUCCUUCCUGAGGAUAGACAUGUACGCCAUGGGCCUGGUGCUGUGGGAGCUGGUGUCCCGCUGCACAGAGAUGGAGGGUACUGUUGGCGAGUACAUGCUGCCGUUUGAGGAUGAAAUAGGUCAGCAUCCCUCCCUGGAGGAUCUGCAGGAUGUGGUUGUGCACAAGAAGAUGCGUCCCGUCAUUAAGGACUGCUGGCUCAAACAUCCUGGGCUGGGCCAGAUCUGCGAGACCAUCGAAGAAUGCUGGGACCACGACGCAGAGGCGCGACUGUCGGCCGGCUGCGUGGAAGAGCGGAUCAGUCAGAUCUCCAGGACGAUAAGCAGCACUACCUCAGACGGCCCCGUCUCCAUUGUGACGUCGCUCAUCAAUGAAGACCUACCUCCCAAAGAGUCCAGCACCUGAACGGGUGACACCAUCCUUCACCUGAGCUCCUGACUAUUCUCUUUUUCUUUUCUUUUUUUUUUUAUCCAAACUCAGCGGACCUCUGUGAAUAUUUAACAACUCAACAAAAGAAAAAAAAAAAACAACCUAGCAAC